AUGGUCCGCACCAGUUUUGUUGCAUCCUGCAUCGCCAGCCUCGUAGCUGUGCAGGCGCAGUCGCAGCUGAGCAGCAACACCAUCGACGACUACGACGGCUUCAACGCCGGCAAGUAUGGCAACAAUCCCAGCCAGUCGUAUGUGUCCUCGGACCUCAUCUCGCCCAUGUUCCAGGUCAACACGUGGGAAGACGAGUUGAUUGACAAGUCCGGAUUCAUGUUCAUCUCUCCCAAAGUAAACGCGGGCGGCCGCAUCCGUGGGCCUAUGAUCUUCUCCAAGAAGGAUCUGAGCCUGGUCUAUGCCAACCAGACAUGGGAGACAGCCUGGAACACCAGGGUGCAGCAAUACAAGGGCAAGCCCUACCUUACCUUCUGGGUGGGCACGGAACCGCAGGGCCACGGAUUGGGCUCGUGCCUGAUGGUCGACCAGAGCUACAACCUCGCAUAUAACAUCACGACGUCGAACAUCGGAACGGAAGCCGACAACCACGAAUGCCAGCUUACGCCUGACGGGACUGCUCUGGUUACGGCCUACCCCACGAGGGACUUUGACAUGAGGCCGCUCAACGGGCCGGAGAACGGAACCCUUCGCGACAGCGCCUUCCAAGAGAUCGACAUCGAGACCGGUCGAGCUGUGUUCACAUGGUACGCCUCCGACCAUUUCAACAUCAGCGACUGUGCCGUUCCGUACGCCAGCGAGGACUACGGCACCGGCACGGACGUCUACGGCUGGGACUUUGCGCACAUCAACUCGGUCCAGAAGACAGCUGCCGGCGACUACCUCGUCUCCCUGCGACGCCUGAAGGCGGUGGUCUUGAUCAGCGGCGUCGAUGGCUCCGUCAUCUGGCAGGUCGGCGGCGUGAACAACAUGUUCAAGGACCUCUCGUGCGGCAAGGCGACCAACUUCGGCUUCCAGCACAACGCCAACCCGCUGGACCCGGAGCACCGCGACCUCUCACACAUCACCAUGUUCGACAACCACGCGUACGCGGCCACGGCAAGCAACCCGGGCUGCGAGUCAAACUGCAGCCGGCUGCUGCACCUCAAGCUCGAUUUCGACCGCAUGACUGCCCGCGUAGUGGCCGCGUACCCGCACCCGCUGAGCGUGCAGGCUGCGGCCAUGGGCGGAUACCAGACGCUGCCUGGGAGUGGCAACAUCUUGGCCGGGUGGGGAAUGGUCCCCAGCAUCACGGAGCACAGGAAGGAUGGUAGGAACGUCAUGGACCUCCAGCUGUCGCCGUUCAGCAGCAUCGCGUCGAGAGGCGGCGCGUGGAUCUACAGGGCGUACCAGAUGGACUGGGUUGGGAAGCCGACAUGGGACCCUGCCCUUGUGGCUGACGAGGCGACCAACAAGGCCUAUGUUAGCUGGAACGGGGCUACCGAGGUUGCGAGCUGGCAGUUGUUCGGAGGAAACAGCAAGGACGCGCUGUACUCGAUCGAGACCUUGACGAGAUCAGGGUUCGAGACUGUCUUCGAGUUGGAGCCUCUACCAGCAGUGAUGCGGGUUACUGCGCUGGACGCCGAUGGUAAGGCUAUCGGCCAGAGCAACAUUGUUCAGACGGGAGGAAGCUGCCAGAGCAACUAG